AUGGACUCCGAAGCCCAGGCCCGUUUUGAUCUCAUCGCCUCCAACCUCCAGGAGUUCCUCAACCCGGAGAUCAUCGAGAAGAUCUUGAUUGAAAAGCGCUCCCCGCGCGUGUACUGGGGAACCGCGACUACUGGUCGACCCCACAUCGGAUAUUUCCUCCCGGCCCUCAAGAUCGCGCAACUCCUCAAGGCAGACUGCGAGGUCACCGUCCUCCUCGCUGAUAUUCAUGGAUUCCUCGAUAACUUGAAAGCACCCCUCGAAUUGGUCGACAACCGCGCUAUUUACUACCGAAAUGUCGUCACUGCCCUCGUCCAGUCUGUGGGUGUCGACACCUCAAAGCUGAACUUCGUUCUCGGAUCAUCUUACCAAAAAUCCCCCGAAUAUGUGAUGGACGUUUACCGCAUGGCCUCCAUGGUCUCUGAGAGUGCCGCUAAGAAGGCCGGUGCUGAGGUUGUCAAACAAACUGGCAAUGCGCCUCUCUCUGGAUUGCUUUACCCUAUUCUCCAAGUGCUCGAUGAGCAACAUCUUAACGCUGAUUGCCAGCUUGGAGGAGUCGACCAACGUAAAUUGUUCACGCUCGGAUACUCAGUUCGCGCCCACAUCAUGAACCCUAUGAUGGCUGGACUCGGUGGGCAAAAGAUGUCCUCUUCUGACGGCGCAGAUGCCAAGAUCGACCUGCUGGACACAGCAGAGGCUGUCGCAAAGAAGAUUAAGAAAGCGGAGUGCUUCCCCAAGAUUGUGGAAGAGAACGGUGUCCUUUCAAUUGUCGAGAACAUCUUGUUCCCAGCCGCUGUUCUUAACGGCCACGGUGAAUUCCGCGUUGAGCGCAGGGACGCCGAGCCAUUGGUUUACACCUCCAUCGCUCAAGUCAAGGAAGAUUACGCCAAGGAUCUCUUGACUCCUCAAAUCCUGAAGCCCGCUGUGUCAGCUGCCAUGGUCAGCCUGAUGGCCCCCAUCCAGGCAGCAUACGAAGCCUCCGCCGAUUGGCAGGAGAUCACAUUGAAGGCCUACCCUCCUCCCGUGGUUCACAAGAAGGUGAAGAAGGUCAAGGACCGCGGCUCUCGUUUCCCCGGUGCUAAGCAAGAAAACGCGAAGCCAGAAGAGGCCAAGCCUGCGGAAGAUGCUCCUACUGAGCAGCUUGCUCAGACAAGCAUCUAA